CCCGCCCCGCCUCCCGCCUCGCCGAGCGCAGCGCCCCGAGCAUGGAGCCCGCCUGAGCCGCGCCGAGGGCUCCGGCAGCUGCUGCGGCGGCACAACAUGGAGGCGGCCGCCCCGCCGCUCCCGCUGCUGCUGCUGCUGCGGCUCCUGGCCGCCUCGGUGCUGCGGUGCGAGCCGGGCUCGGCCGGCGCAUCUCCCUUUCUGCUUUUUGCCAACCGGCGGGAUGUUCGACUGGUGGAUGCUGGAGGCACGAAGCUGGAGUCCACUGUGGUGGUCAGUGGUUUAGAGGAUGCUGCUGCGGUUGACUUCCAGUAUUCGCAAGGCAUCGUUUUCUGGACAGAUGUGAGUGAAGAAGCCAUCAAGCAAACUUACAUUAACCAAACUGGGAAUGUGGUGCAGAAUGUCAUCAUUUCUGGUCUGGUUUCCCCGGAUGGCCUGGCAUGUGAUUGGAUUGGGAAAAAACUUUACUGGACGGAUUCAGAAACCAAUAGGAUAGAAGUAGCUAAUCUCAAUGGAACAUCUAGAAAAGUCCUCUUCUGGCAAGACCUUGAUCAGCCCAGGGCAAUAGCUUUGGAUCCUGCUCAUGGCUACAUGUAUUGGACUGACUGGGGUGAAACUCCCAGAAUAGAACGGGCAGGAAUGGACAGCAGCACGCGAAAAAUAAUUGUCGAUUCAGAUAUUUAUUGGCCCAAUGGACUCACGAUAGAUCUGGAUGAGCAGAAACUUUACUGGGCUGAUGCAAAACUGAGUUUCAUUCACAGGGCAAAUCUGGAUGGUUCCUUCAGGCAAAAAGUUGUUGAAGGUAGCCUUACCCAUCCCUUUGCACUGACGUUGUCCGGGGACACUUUGUAUUGGACAGACUGGCAAACGCGCUCCAUUCAUGCCUGUAACAAAAGGACAGGAGAGAAAAGGAGAGAAAUACUGUCUGCCCUAUAUUCACCGAUGGACAUCCAGGUCUUAAGUCCAGACCGGCAGCCAUACUUUCACACUCCAUGUGAAGAAAACAACGGUGGUUGCUCCCAUCUGUGUCUGCUGUCUCCAAGAGACCCCUUCUACAGCUGUGCCUGUCCCACUGGUGUGCAGCUAGAAGACGAUGGCAGGACAUGCAAAUCAGGUGCUGAAGAAGUCUUGCUGCUCGCCAGAAGGACUGACUUGAGGAGGAUUUCCCUGGACAUGCCGGAUUUCACUGACAUUAUUCUGCAGAUAGACAAUAUCAGACAUGCAAUUGCCAUAGACUACGAUCCUGUGGAAGGCUACAUCUACUGGACUGACGAUGAUGUCCGGGCAAUUCGUCGGGCGUACCUUGAUGGCUCUGGAGCACAGACUUUGGUAACCACAGAAAUCAACCAUCCAGAUGGUAUUGCUGUGGAUUGGGUGGCAAGGAACCUGUACUGGACUGAUACUGGAACAGACCGCAUUGAAGUGACACGGUUGAAUGGGACCUCGAGAAAGAUUCUUAUCUCAGAAAACCUAGACGAACCUCGAGCAAUAGUGCUCAAUCCUGUAAUGGGCUAUAUGUAUUGGACAGACUGGGGGGAAAGUCCAAAGAUAGAAUGUGCUUAUUUGGACGGCUCAGAAAGACGAGUUCUGGUGAAUACGUCCCUAGGUUGGCCUAAUGGCUUGGCACUGGAUCUUGAGAAAGACAAGCUUUACUGGGGAGAUGCAAAAACAGAUAAAAUUGAGGUCAUCAAUGUUGAUGGAACAAUGAGGAAAACCCUUCUAGAAGAUAAGCUUCCACAUAUAUUCGGGUUCACGCUGCUGGGAGAUUACAUCUACUGGACCGACUGGCAGCGGCGAAGUAUUGAAAGAGUUCACAAGAUAAAGGCUAGCAGAGACAUCAUUAUCGAUCAGCUGCCAGAUUUAAUGGGCCUUAAAGCAACAAGUGUUACCAAAGUGUUUGGAACUAAUUCAUGUGCAGAGAACAACGGAGGCUGCAGCCAUCUGUGUUUCUUUACACCCCAGGAGGCCAGGUGUGCCUGUCCCAUUGGCCUUGAGCUGCUGAGUGACAUGAAGACUUGCAUCAUUCCUGAAGCCUUCUUAGUUUUCACAAGCAGAGCAGCAAUUCAUAGGAUUUCCCUUGAAACCAACAAUAACGAUGUUGCUAUUCCUCUGACUGGAGUCAAAGAAGCAUCUGCCCUGGAUUUUGAUGUCUCUGAUAACCGAAUCUAUUGGACUGAUGUUAGUUUGAAGACCAUAAGCCGAGCUUUCAUGAAUGGGAGCUCUGUUGAACAUGUGAUUGAGUUUGGGCUGGAUUAUCCUGAGGGAAUGGCUGUAGACUGGAUGGGAAAGAACCUCUACUGGGCAGAUACUGGAACGAAUCGCAUUGAAGUGGCCCGUCUGGAUGGGCAGUACAGGCAGGUCCUGGUGUGGAAGGACUUGGACAACCCAAGGUCUCUGGCUCUUGAUCCUACCAAAGGAUACAUGUACUGGACUGAGUGGGGAGGCAAACCGAGGAUUGUGCGAGCCUACAUGGACGGAACAAACAGCAUCACUUUGGUGGACAAAGUGGGUCGUGCCAAUGACCUCACUAUUGAUUAUGCGGACCAAAGGCUAUAUUGGACUGACUUAGACACAAGCAUGAUUGAGUCAUCAAAUAUGCUAGGACAAGAACGCGAAAUCAUAGCAGAUGAUCUACCUCAUCCAUUCGGAUUAACCCAAUACAGCGAUUACAUCUACUGGACAGACUGGAAUCUUCACAGUAUAGAAAGAGCAGACAAGACCAGUGGGAAGAACAGGACACUUAUCCAGGGCCAUCUGGAUUUUGUGAUGGAUAUACUGGUCUUCCAUUCUUCACGUCAGGACGGCUUGAAUGAUUGUGUGCAGAACAAUGGCCAUUGCGGUCACUUGUGCCUUGCCAUACCGAAUGGGUUUAGGUGUGGCUGUGCUGCUCAUUAUACCUUGGAUCCCAACAGCCGGAACUGUAGUUCACCUGCCAGCUUCCUGUUGUUUAGCCAAAAAUCUGCAAUCAGCCGGAUGAUCCCAGAUGAUCAACAAAGCCCAGACAUCAUCCUGCCCAUGCACGGUCUGAGGAAUGUCAAAGCUAUUGAUUAUGAUCCCUUAGAUAAAUUGAUCUACUGGGUGGAUGGACGUCAGAAUAUUAUAAAAAGAGCCAAAGACGAUGGCACACAGCCCUUCACGGUCAUGAGUACUCCAAACCAAAGCCAGAACCCAGAGAAGCAGCCACAUGAUCUCAGCAUCGAUAUAUACAGCCAUACCUUGUACUGGACCUGUGAGGCCACAAAUUCAGUCAACGUCCACAGGCUGAACGGCGAGUCAAUCGGGAUGGUGCUGCGAGGGGAUCACGACAAGCCCAGAGCCAUUGUAGUGAACGCAGAGCGAGGGUACAUGUACUUCACCAACAUGCAGGAGCGAGCUCCCAAGAUUGAGCGUGCGGCCCUGGAUGGCACAGAGAGAGAAGUGCUUUUUACAACUGGCUUGAUCCGACCGGUAGCACUGGUGAUUGACAACAAACUUGGAAAGCUUUUCUGGGUGGAUGCAGAUCUGAAGCGCAUCGAAAGCUGUGACUUGUCAGGUGCUAACCGUGUGACCCUGGAGGACUCCAACAUCCUUCAGCCGAUGGGACUCACUGUGCUGGGGAAUCACUUGUACUGGAUUGAUCGUCAGCAGCAGAUGAUUGAGAGAGUGGAGAAAAUGAACGGGUACAAAAGGACUAGAAUUCAAGGCCGCAUUGCUCACCUGACAGGCAUUCAUGCUGUGGAAGAGCUUGAUAUGGAGGAAUUCUCUGUGCAUCCAUGCUCCCGUGACAAUGGUGGGUGUUCACAUAUCUGCAUUGCCAAAGGGGAUGGGACUCCAAGGUGUUCAUGCCCCGAGCACCUUGUGCUUCUACAGAACCUCUUAACAUGCGGAGAACCUCCAACUUGUUCCCCAGACCAGUUUACUUGUGCAACUGGAGAGAUUGACUGUAUCCCAAUGGCAUGGCGAUGUGACGGAUUUCCAGAGUGUGAUGACCAGAGUGAUGAAGAUAGUUGCCCCAUAUGCUCUGCAUCCCAGUUCCAGUGUGAGAAAGGGCAGUGUAUCGAUGCACACUUGCGAUGUAAUGGAGAAAUUGACUGCCAAGAUAAAUCAGAUGAAGCAGAUUGUGAUACAAUUUGUCUGCCCAAUCAAUUCCGAUGUGCAAGCGGCCAGUGCAUCCUCCUGAAGCAACAGUGUGACUCCUUUCCGGAUUGCAUUGACGGUUCCGAUGAGCUUAUGUGUGAAAAAACAAAGCCAGCCUCAGAUGAGUCACAGCCACACAGUAGUGCCAUCGGUCCUGUCAUUGGUAUAAUACUGUCCCUUUUUGUCAUGGGAGGAAUGUACUUUGUUUGCCAGCGAGUGGUGUGCCAGCGCUAUGCCGGGCCCAAUAGUCCUUUUCCACAUGAGUAUGUCAGUGGCACCCCUCAUGUCCCUCUUAAUUUUAUUGCUCCGGGAAGUUCUCAACACGGCACUUUUACUGGCAUCUCUUGUGGAAAGUCCAUGAUUAGCUCCAUGAGUCUCAUGGGAGGAAGCAGUGGUGCCCCCUUAUAUGACAGAAACCAUGUUACUGGAGCCUCUUCAAGUAGUUCAUCCAGCACUAAAGCCACUUUCUACCCACAGAUUUUGAACCCACCUCCUUCCCCAGCUACCGAUCGCUCCCUGUAUAAUGCGGAGAUGUUUUAUUCCUCAAACAUUCCUUCAACCACGAGAUCUUACAGGCCAUACCUUAUACGAGGGAUAGCUCCACCCACAACCCCAUGCAGCACAGAUGUUUGUGACAGUGACUAUACUACUAGUCGAUGGAAGGCCAACAAAUACUAUAUAGAUUUAAAUUCAGACUCAGACCCUUAUCCCCCUCCACCCACGCCUCGCAGUCAGUACAUGUCGGCAGAAGAAAGUUGCCCUCCGUCUCCUGCCACGGAACGAAGCUAUUUUCACCUCUAUCCCCCUCCACCCUCUCCUUGUACAGAUUCCUCGUGACCUCAACAGAAGGAACUUUUCCUGUAAAUAUUUUAAAAUAUGAACAGAUUUAAAAUAUAUAUUUUAUGAUUUAAAAAUAAAUCGGGGUGGGAAUUCAAAAAAGAAAUGUGAAUAAAAAUGGGUGGGAGGGACGGGGCUGUGAAAAAUUGUACAGAGGAAGAAUAUUUAUAAAAUUGAUUUUUUUAACUUAAUUUCCAUUCUUUUGUGCCAUAUUUGCCUUUUUGAAGUCAUGAAAAUGACUCGGUCUCCAAAGGAUUUGGGGAGGGAAUGUUGAGCCUUUUUGCAUUUUUAAGUCACCUUUUUACAUGCAAAGUGUAUGUAAUUCUUUCUGUUAAUGUGAGACGAGAAAGCGAAGUGGCUUGUGGGAGAAGUCUAAAGAAAGAUGUAAGUUUAUUUGCAGACAAGAAAAGCGUGUUUAAAUACCACUGUCAGUAUCUCAUCCCUUCACCACCACUGGGAGAAAAUGUGCAAAGAUCGCAACCCGUAGAUGUUCCUGUUGGCACGUAAGCUGAAUGCUUCCCGGCAGAACUUGUGUGCUGAGACCUGGAUUUCAAACCUCCCUCUCCAUUUGCUUAGCGUUGAACUGGAACAACACUUCUUUUGUCCAAAUCUUCCAGCUUAGCUAGGCCCACAGGCACCAUGCUCCGCUUCAUGUCAGUGCCGCUCUGCCCAUGGCCAGUUCUGGAACCGAUUCAAGAAAUAACCAGCCCUGAAGAACUUGGUUUAGCUCCAGUCAGUUCCCCACUUGACUGGGUGAAUGGUAGCAGAAGCAGUUGUAUUGACCUGUGGUCAGACUCACCAUUUUAAUUGCGAUGAAACCAAGCUUCUUCGUCCUUCCUUGUGAGGCUUUGAUGACUGGGAAGAUGCUGUCAGCUCCUUCUCAAAAUGCAGUGCUAGUUCUCUUUUCCCCAAGUCCAGUAAUUCACUGUGCCAGGUCUCUGAGAUCUUCACCUGUGUUGAUUUGAUCAGAGAAUUGCUUCAUCUCUAAUGUUUGUUUUCCAAAGUGGAAUGAUAUUGGAAUCACUUGUAUACCUUUAAAUGAGGAAAGUUCUUUGGUUUUUAAUCAGUGUUUGUAGAAAAUGGUGUCUGCAUAGCUCAAAACAAAAACAUCUGCCAUUCAAACAGUUUAGUCAUAUCUCAUAAAAAUUCAAACAAAAUUAGUUCAGGUUUAGAAAUAGACAGAAAAUCACGGGGGAGGAAGGAAAGGAGACAAAUACUUCUUUCUAAUUGUGUUGCAAUGAAAAAGAUAAACUCUCAUGCAAACUGCUGUAACCUAGGGACAUCAUGAUCAGCAAAGUAUUUAUGUUCCAACUCCUACCCAAAAAAAACGCUUUGGGGUGGGGGGCUAGGAUCAGUCCCUUUCAAAAUACAGAAGGUAAAUUUGUGCUUUGAUGGCUCUCUUGCUGUAACAAAAGGGAUUGUGUAUUGUAUGGCACUUUAUAAAUUCAGCUCUGGUGAUGAUGAUGUGAGUGCCUGCUUGGGACAUCUGAGGGAGGUUCUGCAUAUGCAGAGUGACUCACACCUGUUUUCUGUAUUCUGCAGCUGCUGAAUAAUAGAUGUGCUGAGCCUUUGAUAGCCUUAAUAUUGGUGGUAACAAUGAAAACUUUUUUCUUGUUUGAACUUAAAUUGUACUUGAUUUGGGGUCUUUUUAACAAGUUCUUUGAGAGCACAUCAGAGGAACCCUACAACUCUGGGUUAGAGGUUUUUGUUGUGGUGGUGGAGGGGUUAGGACCACAGUGUUCUGAUCCAGUUUGUGUUUUCAGAUUUAUUAGUCCAGAUCUGUUCUUUCUAUCUAUAUUGGUCAAGGAUAGGAUUUGUAUUGUCGCAGGUGUGUUACUAAAACUCUUAAAGUAGCUUUUAUUACUGUCAUGUCUAAAUUUUCACUUGACAGAUUGAGCACAAAGAAGAUGCCCACUGGUUUUCUUGGAGAAAGAUUAUAGAAUUGGAGAGUACAGCACUGGAGUUUAAGAGUAGGUUCUUUCCCAAUGCCCUAUCAACAUUAGUAGUUCUGUAGUAUGCUAAGAGGGACAAGGUUAUAUUUACUCUUGGAGUGUCUUGGCAGAUCUCUGAACAAGUGUUAAUGGUUUGGUGAAACAAAGCAAUUGUCAGGUGAUCAUGUUUCAGUGAACUAAAUCAGGAAUAUAGAUCCACAGGAUAUUUUAUGUACCACGUCAAUCAUAUAAAGGAGUACUUGUUCUGCAUUACAGCAGUUGGUAGUCCAGUUUCAUAUCAUAUGUCAUUUUGUGCCUGAUAACUAUUCACCAUUUAUAAUGAAUUCAUUAGUUUAGUUGUUUCAUGUUACAGUUCUAGCUUAGAGACAUACUACAUUAAUUUUCCUGUAUAACUGUAAUGCAAAAUUACAUUGAUUAUUUUUUUUCCCAUUAAACCACUGUUCUUUUUUAAGAGCCACAACUAUAACAACCCUAACCACUUCAUCUGAAAACUUGUAUCCUAUUACAAAGUUUGGGGUUGAGUCCAAGAAAAUUAGCAUUCUUGCUGAGAGCUAAACUGUCUUAAGAGUCAAAUUCUUUUGGAGCUUAGGUAUUCAGAAGGAAGGAACCACUUGCUGAAUGGGGUGGAUUAAACAGAGCCUCAUACUGCAGAUGUUUGGUGAGAAAUUGCCUCUUCUGAGGCACUUAAAGUUUGGUGGUCAGAAUCUAAGCCCCACAUUGCUCCACAAUACCGACUUUAAAACUAAAAAGAAUUUCUAUACAAAUUUAGCAUCUUAAGAUUUAAAUACUAAAUAUCAUUUUUGUUUGCUGUAGACUAUAUACUUUAAAGCAUUACUGCACUCCUGGUGCUAGAGAAGACCAGAAAGAAAAUUUGACUGACAGGAGCUACUUGUCUCCAGAAAUAUCCUCAGUGUGCUCUUAGUGGUUUCCAUCCUGUAAACUUUCAGGCUAAAACAUAAAAAACAGUUGCUAUUUUUGUCUAGAUCAGGAUGGGAGAAAGAGUUGCAGGGGUUUAGUGAAUGCAUAUGACAAGUUGUGGCAGUUUGGGGCUGAAUGGAAAAUAAGUGGAGGUUUUGGUGAGGUUUAGGCAUAGUUUCAAUAGUGCAGAAGUUUUCUAUGAGAAAGCUGACUGAAAUAUUAGAAGAGUUCUCCCCUGAGAAGCUGCAGGGGGAUGCAUGUGAUUGGACUACCUGUGUGAGCUUGUGAGUACUUGAAUCGGUGUUUUCAAUCAUGUUUUCCAAGCCCAUUAUGACUGCAUAUUAGCACUUGAAAGAGCUCAGGGUGUAAUAUAGAACUGUGUCUGAAGAGCAGCUAGUAAUAGGCAAAUGAUAUGGUUGAUUUUGUGUUACAUUUAAAGGACAGAUGUCCUAGCAGAGAGCAGCUUACCGGCUUCCAGCACAGUCAUGAAAGCAGCUACUCGGGUCAUCUUCUCAUCUGUAGAAUUUGUCCUCUCUGCAGGACAGAUGUAGCAGCGGUGUGAAGCUGUAAGGUAAAUGGACAAGUUGUGAUCUUUGACAGCAGUAUUCUUUAAUUUCAAGUAAAUGUUUUGUGUAAAUUAUAGCUUGACUUUACUUCAGCUAGACUGGUCAACAGCCAGUGCACCCUGAAAUUUGCAAUGGAAGUAGUUAAUUUGUUUGAUGUUGCUGGAUGAUUUUGAGGAAACUUUGUUAGCACUAUCCCAACGGUCUUACUGGUUCCGUUUUCUUCUGUCUGGACAGAUCACUAAAGAGCACUUGGGCUACAAUUAAGCUAAAUCUGUAUGUAUGACAAAAAAUGUUUCCUUUAGGAUAGUGUCAUAGUACAAAAUGCCUCAUGUCUAAAAAUGAGACUGUGCCAUUAUUGGCGUGUUCUAAAGAGAAAGGUAGAAAUGAGAGGAAACAAGUUUCUAUUGGAAUGAUGGGUUUGAUUUUCUGUAAUAAACCUUCAUCUCUCUAGUUUGAAAAGGGCGCAAGCACUUCCCUAAAAGUUCUGAUUCUUUUCAAAGUAACAACAAAACAGUUUCUUCCCUCAACACCUGUUCUGCACACCUAGAAUGGGCCUUCUGGAAAUCUCCGGGCCUAUUUAUCCUAGAUCUAUUUUCCAUCUGAUAUCUAGAAGAUAAGAUGCUAGAUGUAGGACUCGUCACGUUCUCCCUAUUUUUAUGCCAACUGGUGCCUCUUGGAUUCUGGGGCUUUUGAAAUAUUGAAGCUCUGUGCACAGCAGUGAAAAAGGAUUUGGAAGCAGGAGCAUUCAGUAAGGGCUGGUCACACCAGGCUGAUGUGCCAGCAACAAGGACGUUCCUCCAUUGCCUGCAGGGUCAGAUCCCUUUGCUAGGAAGAGCUCCUCUGCUACCCUUCAUCAGAGCCUCUGGAGCAUGUUGUACUACUUUAUGAGUAUGGUCAGUCACACUUCACAGAAGUUGUGUGUCCUUGUUUGCUUCGUUUUCGGAAGCAGAUCUUUUCUGAUGUCAGACAUUUUGUUGGGGUAAUACGUUGAGCUGGUCCAAAUGAGUAGCUGUGCCUAUAAUUGUACUACAAGUGAUAGCCAUUAAUGUCAGGAAAUGAAAACAGAAGGCAAGCAUGUUCCCAGUAAUUAAUAACACACGAGAGUGCCUGGCAUGGAGCCCUGAAUUAGAAGUAACACUUUUGCUGUUACGGUGCUGAAGGACAUUUUAUAAAUGUCCAUGUUUGGACAGAGCCUUAGACAAGCCACAGUCAAAGAUGACAGUUGUUUACAGAUCAGUUAUUCAGUUGUUUCUAUGUUUUUAUUAUGCCUUCAUUAUGAAUUAUGAGUCCAGUCCUCACGAUAAAUUGGGUUGUCUCUAGAAGAUUCAGGGAAGGCCAAAUCCUAAGUUCUGAGAGGUAUCCUGGUUUUGCUGCUGUUCCCUUAGGUAUUGCAGCACUUUAUGUUCAUCAUUAAAUGUAGAAAAACCCCUUUCUACAGCUAUUGUAAGUUUAGCUAAACAGCAUAAGGUAUUUACCACACGUUAAAAGAAAUAUUAAUAUACAUAGAUAAUUUCAAUCCUGUCAAGUCUUCUAGCUCUCUUUCCUGAGAACACUUACUCUAGUUUUUGUAAAGGGUAUUUUUCUUUAAUUUGCUUGAGGUUGCCAACUACACUGUGGGCCUUUCCACAUAAGAUUGUACUCCCUGGAGGGAAAAAAGGAAAAAUUGGUUUUAGAUCAAUGUUAAGCAUGCUGAUAGGAAUGAUGGAAACCAGUCUGAUACAAAUGGCUUCUGCAUUCCACAACAAAAUACUUCAAAGUGCCAUGUCCUGACAUACUGACAGUGCUCCCGGCCUCCCAUGACAGCAAGCUGCCACGUCCUGGCUGUUCCCAGCGUGAACCACGGCCCUUGUCGCAGCCCACCUCUGGAGUCAGGGGCUGGGUUCUCUCCAGCCAACACAGAACCCUGGUGGAUGGAAGACCACAAUGGCAAUUCCUAAAUGAGUCAUUUUAUAUUGAUAAAAUACGUGCAUACAGUGUGCUUAGAAGGACUUUUCAGAGGGGAAAAGCAAGUUUGGCAGCUACAGUAAGUGACAGACGAAUUCACUGGCGUUCACAUUUUGAAAAGCAAGUACUCCUGUUGAUGCACCUUUCUCUAAAUACGAAUGUCGCUAUUCCUGUGGCAGCAUUCCCAGGGUCGCUCUUUUUGACAGAGGGAGCAAUAUUCCAGUUUGAUUUGUACAGAGAUCCUGCACUAAGUAAGUAAGUACAGAAGUAUUUUGGUUGCAACUACAAAUACAAUAUUUGUAAAUGGAAUUCAUCAGCCUGUGGAGAUAAAACAAAAGCUGCUGAAAAUGGGAGGACUGCUUUGCUGUUUUAUGCGAAAUUCGGAGGGCGUCACACACAAAACCCUUAACCCAGACUGCUUUCUUACUUACCUAAUUGUAUCGCAAUUGCUGCUAUUGUAAAUGUACGUGAGUAUACAAAGAGUACCAAGAAUUUUUAUGAUAAAACCCCCACACAAUCUUUUUUAUAUUAAAAUGUGUAUUCUGCAAACAGCCUAAUAAUUACAGCUUUAUAUUUUGUAUCAUUUUGUAGCAUUUAUUACUACAAAAGACAACCAAACCCAAUACUUCAGUGCCUUGUGUAUUUUAAACACUUCGGCAUAUUAACUGGGGAAAAAGAAAAGCCUUAAUUCACAAGUGCCCUCAAGAAUCAUAUGUAGGUUUUACUCCACUGGUUUUAACAAAGCUUUGUAUCAUUUUUAGGGUUCUCUUCAGUUAAAAUACAUCAUCCACAAGUUUUGGAACUAACUGAAGGCAGACAACUUCUGAAUUUUUUUAAAGCAUGCAUCUCUUGAAUUCAUAAUAUAUUGCAAUUUCUCUCAAAUGCAUUAUUUCAAGUGAAGUUUGAUUUAUAUAUUCUUACCUAUUUCAACAGAAACCUGUCAAAAAUACCUAAUAUUAGAAAAAAAAAUAAUGCCAGUAACCAAUGCUUAUGUAUUUGGGGAUUAAAUUGAUGCUAUUAUCAGAUUGUCACUACAGUACUUCUCAUUAAAGCCAUUAAAUCUUUCUUGUGUUACAGAAAGUCUUUACCAAUUAUUUUUCCAAGCAUGGCCUUCUAGCAUACAAACAAACUUGGUAAUACUGACCUAAGAAAAACUUCUUUGAGGCUUUCAUCACUUCAGGCCUUUAUAUGUUAACAGUUUUCUGGACAUGAAACUGCAAUGUUUCUUUAUGUUAACAAAACCAAAGUCUUGUUUGAAGUAACUGGUAUUUUGUAUAAAUAUCUGUACAGAUAACAGACUCUGCAUUGGUACUAUAGAUUAUGUGGAUUUUGUUUUAUAAUAAAUACUUUUAAAAGAUU